UGUCCCAAACGUGUUUCCGUAGGCUCCAAACUCGCCUCAUGAAAUCGCCAGGGAAAAUGCCGGGUGCAGGAAAGAAAAGCGAAGCAGCGUCUCCUGGGGUUGUGGGGUGGGUUAGCAACGCGUGUCGCUUUGUGACCGACAGAAAUGACUUUAGAAGGAAUCUUCUUGUGAAUUUAGGCUUGUUUGCUGCAGGAGUUUGGGUGGCGAGGAAUUUGUCAGACUUUGACCUGAUGUCACCUCAACCAGUGACAUAGUCCCAGGGAAUUCAUGGAGUUUUGCAGCAGGAGAUGACCAGUUUCUUCUGAACAAGAAUGGAGCUUUCUAACAGAGGCAAUGAUGGGACAAAUCCAAUUUACACCGAAUAGGAAAACACACCCAAUGAUUCAUUGCUAAAGUUUUUCACACUGACUUUUUUUUCCCCCCAUCAACAAAAAGAAAGUGAACAGCUGACAUUGUUACAACUGUCAAACUUUAUUUAGUAUAAAUAAUGUUUAAGUUAAAGUUCACAAUUGAUGUCAUUCUAGCAGAUUUAAUUAUUAAAAGACUAUUACAAAGUUACAUAUUAUACUUAAUAAAAAUGUUUAAACAUU